AGUUGGAUAGAGUUCAGUGUGCUGCUGCUGAUGAUUCACAAUGCAGAGCACCGUAUCACAGGACAGCAGAAAUAGACGGGGGCUGUGAGUGGAUUUCUCUCUUUUGUGAUCUUGCACUUCUCGCUUUUCCCUCUCAGUCUAUUUAGGUCUGGGCUUUGUCUAUUUGUUGUCAAACCAGCGCUGGCUUCCAAGAGCAGCAGAGGCAGUCCCACUGCAGAGGGGUUUUAGCCCCACGGCUUUCCAACUUUUAAGAUGGGCUGCACCACGGGGCAUCUGGUUUGCCAGCCGCAGCCCCCUGGCACUCUCAGCCAGGAAGGCCAAUCUCAGGAGGGUGCAGCCAAAGUCCCAGAGGUUCUGUCUUCUCUAGAAAGACUCUCGCAGGCUACAGGGGGCAUGGAGAAAUCCUGGUACCGCUGCAUCUUCCCUUUCGGCAUUAUCUCGCUGGUGAUUGGGGUGGCUGGCACCAGUGUAACCUACACCUACAACGACCUUCCUCAGACUAAAGUGGUGUCUGUGGUUCUGCUGAUUGUUGGACUGGUUCUGGUGCUGAUGGCCACUGCCUGCUGGACAGCCCACAAGAAGAAACGCAGGAAAAAGAAGGAAGGAGGUCCCUUUACUGGCGAGCAGUGUCCCCUUUGAGCAGAGAUCUAAACGAGGAAGACACUCUGGAUUCGGAGUACAGGGGAGGCUCUUAGCCCUGAAAAAGCCAUCUCAUCCUCUUUAAACAUUUUUUUGGUCCACUUUUCCACUCAGGUAGCAAGAAUGCUUAAAGAGUGCAGAUGGACGCUGUGUUCAGAACAUCACUCCAGGGAGCAGUGGAGCCCACCGGACAGGAUUGAGGGUUUGCUGGAGUCACACGCACAAUUUACUGCUACUCAGCAGGUGUCUAGUAUCAAAACAACUCAGAAGAGGACACAAACAAUUGUGCGCACACACAUACAGGACACUUAACACUCGUGGUCUGAAACACCAAGCCAUUGCUGGAGCCACUGCUGCCGUCAACACCGCCGUCAGUCCCUGGCAUUCCUGCCGUCAGGCCAUGUGGCUGCUCCUCACUAGUACCAAAGAAGUGGGCCAGAGAGGGCAACUGGACACCGUGUCGAAAGAGGAGUGCAACCCCGUCACCAUUGCACGUCAUUCUCCCAUCCUGUGACACCGUAGCAAUGUGUGAGCUUUUUUACACAACAGGAGAGUGGAACCUGAGCUGAGGGUCCACUAGUCCUUACUGGCAGCUGUGGAUGAGGAGGGAGAGAGGGCAUAAGCUGGAGAGGUCGGAAAUGUGUGUGAGUGUAUCUUUGUGUCAGAAGUAGACAAGUGUGAGGCCAGGAAGAUGGAAGAGAGCGAGCAUGACACCUGCUGUCUGUGCUCAUCCUCUGUCAGAGUUUGCAGAUGUCAGACUGGUGGAUUUUCAGCAGACUCUUGUUUUGUCUACCAAAACUCAUUCUGUUUGCAUUCACUUUUCUUUGGUUGUUAACUCUCAGGAUCUGCAAGAACAGCAGACAGAGCUGCUUUGUUGGGAAAACUACCAAGGAGGACUAUUAUGAGGACAUAGCUCUAGUGACAAACCCAUGGGCCAAAGCUCUGUUGUUUAGUGUUUGAAAAAGUAAGUUUUGUCUCCAGAGACAAGACUUCAUUUCCUCCCUCACAGAGAAAUGCGAUUACUGGAGGAAAUAUGAGAAAAAAAACACCCAAAGGGGGACGCCAGAUGUCAGAACUUUCAUCAGAGUUUCCUCCCAUUCAGUGCCUUGAGCAAAUGGGACUCAAGUAUGUACAGUAUUUUCUCACCCCGAUUUCUCUGUCUUCUCUCUCUACAGACCCGUUGGCCAGUGUCAGCUUUUCCAUUCAAGCUAAGCCCCAUAACUUUGUCAUUACAGACCUGAGGGGGGAAGUGUUCCAUGCUGCCCCCCUCCUAUACCCCUAUCUUCCACUCUCCCAACUCAUAAACCCCUUCAGCACUACGAUUGCCCCAGCCUGGCCCCCACAACGGCUGCAUUUCACAUCCAUUUUCGUGACGGAAAUACCUAUCAUUAUACAGUCUCUGGAUUCUCUCCAUUUGAAGAGAGAAUUACCUCAGACCACUCAGUUGUUGAUUGAUAAAAGGAUCAGAGUAAUGGAGCAGACAGGUUUGUCACAGCAUUGGCUUUUCCUAGCCAUCAAUACAGUAUUUUCUGUAGUCUCUGCCUUUGAAUCAGAGAAUUGGUUUGUGAACUCUUGUGAAUCUUGUUCAUGUGUUUUGGACAUUGGAAAAGUAUGUGUCAAAGCCUCUUACUUUACAGAUGAAAAUAUCUGGCAGGGAGGUGGUUUGUUUGCCCAUAUGGUUGGUCGGAAAAGAGUUCCCUUGAGACCAGUAGUAAUGUGAGACCAGUAGUAAGAAGAAUCUUGUCUGCUAUUUGUAGAAUGAUGGUCCAGAUAGAGGUUAAUGCUUUAAUUCUGGAGUGAAACAUUAUUGAUCAGGCUGAAAUUGAUUCCAUGAAACAGUGCAUCUGGUGCUUAAAACCUUCUUGUGCAGCAAAAGAAACAACAUUAAGUAGACAAAAAGGAUGAUAAGAAUAGCAUUGGUAUGAGAAACAUAACCUUGAUAGGUGAUACUUGAAAAGACAGUGUAUUUUUGUUGAGCUGUUUUUGGUUAUUGUUAUGUUUUUAUUUUUUUAGGAGUGUUUCAUGCUGACAAGUGCCUCACUCGACUCUGUAGAAUGUGUCUAAAGUCCUUAUAGAGAAGUAUGUUGGUGGCCAUCUUGGCAAUGUCACUGGAUAGUUAUUUCCAGUCAUGCAACACCAGACCCCAUGUCUCUGAUAAACAUCUUAUUAAAAAAAAAAAAAAAGACAAAAAAAACGCUGUUCGUAGCUUUGGGCUCUAAUAAUUCAAUUGGGUUGUUCUAGCUACUGCACUUGUACAGAUCCCAAUAAUGAGGGGGGCCUUCCCCGCUAACAGUUUUACCAGCAAGUCUUUUUUUGAUGGGCAGGAUUUUACCUGUAAACAGAUGCCAUGGUGAGUGUUAUGAGCUUUCCCAUUCACAUUUUAAACAGCAUCCUGUCUCCUCCUUCAUAAUGUCUCUGAUAUGUCAUAUGUUUAAGCCAUUAUAAAGUAGAUUUGUAGACUCCCACUACAACUGAUUGUAUCUUUAGUCACAUGUCACUAUUUUGGUCUCAAAUGUAGCGCCUUUGUUGGACGUAAAUUCUGUCAUGCAUUUAACGCUGCCUUCACAUUGUAUUAUAUCUGAAUGUCUGUCUUCACCAAAACAACUCUUCUUUUUAUUCAGGAGUGUUGUAUAUGCACAGAAUGUCUCUUAUGCUACAAAUAUUAAUAGGAAGCAAAUUAUCAUAUCUUUGUCUCUAUAUCAUAAUUUGUCUCUAUAUCAGUGCAUUUCUUUAUUGCCAAAGAGGAGAUUCCCAAUAAUUAUUUGAAUUUGCGUAAUGCAUGCUGGGUAUUGCAAUGUGAGAACAUUUAUGGAUGAAAGAUAACAAAACAGAUACAAAAUAGUGAAAUCUGUCAAAGUGAUGAGGCUGAGGGCUGUAAUGCUACACUACAAAAUACUACUUAACUUCACAGAUAACAUAUUAAACGCUACUUUUAGGCCAGAAUACUGCUUCAAAUUAAGUGCAGAGAGGAAUUGUUUUGAUAGAAAAGACUACAGAGACCAGGAGUGGUAGACAAUAGGGGUAACUCAAACUGGGAGCUCAUUCAAGGAAAUUAUGUUGGCCAGCCAGGCGAGGGGUUGAAAUUAGAUAUUAAGGAAUGAGUCAUCAUCAGUUAUAUUUAUUAAGCUUGAAGAAUUAUCCAAGAGCAAGGCAUGAUAGCCUAAUCGUCAGUGAGGGAUGGUAUGUUUUUAUAAAUUGUUGAUAUUCACUAAAGGAUCUUUUAUCUGUGAUACAGGAGACAACAAAGAGUACGCUCACUGACACAGGUGAUGCUUUUUUUCAGUAUGUUCAGAUAGAGCUGAUUCUGAGAGACCUCUAUUGUUUCCAUAGGGUUGUAUAUUCAGCAAUGGCAGGGUGCGGUAAAAGGCCGUUAUUCCACAGGUUCUCCAAGGUCUUCAUCACUUGGCCUGGAGGCCAGGCAUGGAGAGAUAUAAAAAGGUAGAGUGUAAAGGAUAGCUGAAGGGAGCUGGCAAUUUCAUUGAGGAAAAAACAGAGUGGAAGGAACCUGCUGCUUGCUUGGAGUACAGAAUCAUUUGCAAUCAGGAACCUAUCUUUCUCUCUCUCUCUCUCUCUCUCUCUCUCUCUCUCUCUCUCUCUCUCAUCAACUACAAACACCAAAUUUAUAGGUUCAUUCAUUCAGCUACAGCCUUGCAAAUGUAUUUUGUUCUGUAGUCUAUGAAACUGGAUUGUCCAUGACAUAUUUGUUUUGAAUUCUUGUUUUAGUUCAAUAUUGACAGUGACUUUUAUAACUGUUGUGUAAGAUAUGUUUAUUCUGCUGGUCUAAAAAGGUAAAAGGGAAAAUCUACCUCUUUCUCUGGGGGUAUACUUUAAUCUGAUUCACUGCAGAAUAUUGCCACUAGCUGGAGGCAGUUAUAUGCCUGUCUGUGAUUUGUAUUGUGUUCAGCAUGUAAAUACCAAUUACAUAUAUUUAUAUAUUUAUACUCAUAUUUAAGCACAUUUUGAAAUUGUAUUAAAGAAAUGUCAAGUGA